CCGUACUGCCCGUAUUUUACACUCUUUGAAUUUCUUAAUGAAUUAAUGUCUCGUGUGCUCUUUUAGGAGUGAGAAUGGGAAAAGCUACGAGAUGGUUGAAACGGUUGCUGGCGAUGAAGGUGAAAAAACGUUGGGCUUUUCGCCGGACGUCGGACAAUGAGCCGGAUUCCGGUGAAAUCCCGGUGGACGACUAUUAUUCGCCCUGCAGGCUAAUGACAUCUAAUUACGUCUUCCCACCUUCUGGUUCUGAGAAGUCGAACAGCAACCAGCCGGCGGCGAAACUUGACGGCGGCUGCCGAGGAAAAGUUGUCCGGCAUAGGGAGAGUUUCGCUGCUCUCCGAAUCCAAACUUUCUUCAGGGGCUAUUUGGCGAGGAAAGCACUAAGAGCUUUGAAAGGAAUAGUAAAACUACAAGCUCUAAUUAGAGGCUAUUUAGUUCGGAAAAGAGCCGCCGCUACUCUUUACUAUUUGGAAGCUCUCAUCAGAUCUCAGGCGGCUGCCAGGUCGGAAAGGUCUCGCCGCCGUCUUUCACCCGUCGGCAAAUGUGAGCCCACAUUAUACAACAAGCUGAAUAAAUCGUCAAGGACCUGGUGGAGGAGCACCACCGACGACGUGUCGGAUUCCGGCGAAGAUUACAAUUGUCCCUACCAGCCGCCGUCUCUCACUCCGGGCCGCCUAUCGAUUCCUGACCGUCGCCGUUUAUGCGAAUCGGAGUGGAGAUUUCUUGGCGGCGGCGGCGAGUGCAAGUUCUUGGCUGCUAAUAACUCGCCGCUGCAAUCUCGGCGGCGAUAUUCGCCGGGGAAGUGCGUCGGCGGGGAUGCCUGGAUCCGGCCGUAUUCCGAUUGCCCGGGUUACAUGGCGAACACGCAGUCAUUCACGGCUAAGCUAAGGUCUCUGAGCGCGCCGAAACAGAGGCCGGAGCCGAGGCAGAAGAAGCGGUUCUCAUUGAGUCAAUUAAUGGACGUGAGGAGCAGCUUCGGCGGCGGCGGCGGAGGAGCCCACGAGUCUUCUUGUUAUCUAGCCCAACAAGAGUAUGGAUACUUAGGGCUUUGAAAUUUCUUUUCUUUCCAAUUUUCAUAUGCUUUUUUUCCCAUUAAAUAAAAAAAUGGUAGCAAUACAUCAAAAAAAGUAUACUCCAUAUAUACUCCAUUAAAUCUCAACCAAACAAUCAUAAGUGUAGAUUAAAAAUAUUUAUACUACUCCACAAUUCUUUAUGUGGAUUAUGUGUUAAUAGCCUCUGUAACGAUAUAAAUUAAUACUUGAUCCGUUC